CGGUAAAUGGAAAUACCCUUCUAUCCUUUGACAAGAAAGAUGGGACGUUAGAAAACCAAGACACUACGGCGAGGCUCAACCCAUCCACAGAGGCUUUUCUUGUGACACCCAUCCGUCCGUCGACCUAAUUCCAUUUCAUCAAGAUGCGGACAAGAAGAAUCGCUGCUGUUGCUUUGAUUUUCAGCCCAACAACGACAGCACAUAAUUACGGAAAAGGUGACCCAUUUGUACAUCAUACGCUCUUGUUUCAUACCCAUUUUUCUACAAACCCUAAUCCUCCUGACGUUAUUCCAAUAACGAAUCGGAUGCAACUACAGAAAUUGUUGUCGGAGAAAUCGAAAACGGGUUUCAAUAAGCUCGACGAUGCUCUUAGUUUGUUCCAUCAAAUGGCACGAUUUCGACCUCUUCCUUCUGUCGUCCAUUUUAAUAAGCUGUUAACUGCUCUUUCCAAGAUGAAGGAACAUUCGUCCGUCAUUUCACUAUUUAAAGAAUUCCGUGAGCUGGGUAUUCCGAUUAGUGAAUAUACGCUGAAUAUUUUCAUCAAUUGUUUCUGCCGGUUGAAUCGAGUGGAUUUUGGGUUUGCUAUCUUGGGUAUCUUCUUUAAAUGUGAUUAUCCUCCGAAUGUGUCUACCUUCAACACUCUAAUAAAUGGGUAUGUUUUAGAAGGUAAGAUUUCUGAGGCUGUGAAUUUGUUCAGAAGGUUGAUGAAAUAUGGAGACAUCGAACCUAAUGAAAUCACAUAUGCGACGGUCAUAAAAGGGCUUUGUAAAGUGGGAGACACUACAAUGGCUAUACGGUUGCUCAGGAGUAUGCAAAAAUGGAACUAUAGGCCUGAUGUUGUGAUGUAUAGCACUAUCAUCGACAACCUUUGUAAGGACGGGAACAUAGAUGAUGCUUUGCGCCUCUUAUCGGAGAUGAGAGAAUGGGAUAUUAUGCCUAAUGUGGUCACCUACAACUCUGUGGUUGAUGGCUUAUGCAUCUUAGGACGAUGGGAGGAUGCCACAAGGAUGUUGAGUGACAUGGUGGAACAAAAUAUUUUCCCUAAUGUUAAAACCUUCAAUAUGUUGGUGGAUGCACUUUGCAAGGAGGGAAGAACCGAAGAAGCAGAGGAUAUACUCGAGAUCAUGAUUCAAAGAGGUGAGAAACCCAAUGUUAUCACUUAUGGUGCACUGAUGGACGGAUAUUGUUUGCAAGGCCAAAUGAAGAAAGCAAAAGAAGUGUUCAACUCCCUAGUUGAUAAGGGCCUUGAGCCGGAUAUCCGUUGCUAUAAUAUUUUAAUCAAUGGUUUCUGCAAUAAGAUGAAUAUAGAUGAGGGCACGGAUCUCUUUAGAGAAAUGUCGCAUAAAGGGUUAAAACCUGCUACUGAUACUUACAACACUUUGUUAAAGGGGCUGUUACACGCAGGGAGAUGUGAUGUAGUAGAUUAUAUAUUUCAUGAGAUGAAGUGUAGCGGUGAAAAUCCUAACAUUUUAACUUACUCAAUCUUGUUAGAUGGAUUCUUUAAGAACCAAAAAAUUGGCAAGGCAGCAGAGGUGUUUCGUUCAAUGCAAGAUCAAGGAAUAGUUCCUAAUGAUGUUAUUUAUCUUAUCAUCAUUAAUGGCAUGUGCAAAGCUGGGAAGAUUGAAGAUGCUCGAAAAGUUUUUGGUACCUCUUUAGCUAAAGGAUUGAAACCCAAUGUUAAGAUUUACAACAUGAUGAUUAGUGGACUUUGUAAGGAGGCCUUGCUUGAUGAAGCUGAGGAGUUACUAUUGCAAAUGGAUAAAGAUGGGUGCCCACCAAAUGAAGUGACUUUUAACAUUGUUGUUCGAGCAUUCCUAAAGAGGGGAGACACAGACAAGGUUAAGAUACUUCUACAAGAAAUAAUCAACAGGAAUUUCAAACCAGAUGUAUCUACCAUGUCCAUAAUAGUGGAUUUACUUACGGUUGAUGGUGAGGAUAGCAAUUUUUUGAAAAUGAUCCAGAGUCUUGUGCCAAGGGAGGACAGUAAGGCUGUGUCCAGAGAUUAAGGGAAUGAUUUGAAGUAGUCAGAUUAUGGAUGCUUGUGCAAGUGACAUGGAAGGAUUUAUGAGCAGAAGGAAGUUAGCUUUUAAAGUAGUCAUUCAACUAGCACUGGAUCUUGCAAGAGGGUUAAGCUAUCUUCAUUCCAAGAAGAAUGUCCACAGAGAUGUAAAGACAGAAAAUAUGGUACUGGACAUGACACGGACAGUCAAAAUAGCUGACUUCGGGGUUGCUCGUGUUGAGGCUUCAGAUCAUGACGACAUGACUAGCGAAACGGGAACCAGUGGUUCUCAAUGGCAACCCGUAUAACAGGAAAUGUGAUGUAUAUAGUUUUGGUAGCUGCCUGUGGGAGACAUACUCGCUGUGACAUGCCGUAUCCGCGUAUCCUGACCUCAGCUUCUCAGAAGUGACAUCAGCUGUUGUCUGCCAGGCGCCAGAAUUUGAGGCCAGAGAUAACUGGAUGUUGACCAAGCUCUAUUGCGAAUGUAAUGAAACGAUGCUGGGAUGCUAACACUGACAAGCGGCCAGAGAUGGACGAGGUAGUUUCCAUGUUGGAAGCCAUAGACACAUCGAAAGGUGGGGGUAUUAUCCCUCUCGAUCAGUCUCGGGGAUGUUCCUGCUUCCGUAGGCACCAAGGGCCUUGACUAUGCAACUCUCAAGGCAGACACAAUUUGAUUUUGAGAUGCAAAAUUGUAAGCAUCAUCUAUUUGUAGGUAAUUUAAGUCGUGGGAAUAGGGAGUGGAAUCCCUGUUGCUUUUAAGGCCAUGAUGUUGUAAAGCUUUUCUUUGUUGUUUUCAUUUCCUCUUGUACAUAACUUGCAUUUUCUUUUUCUCAAUUUCAGAAUUGUCCAUCUUAUGUAACUCGUCAAUAAAUUUUUUAAGCUUGAAGUCA